AUACGUUCAGUAGCUUUUGAGAUAUACAAUAUUCAAUGGUAUUGGAAGAAGCGUUUUGAUGGCACAUUGCUGGAGAAGAGAUUCAGACGGUGACUAACAAUUUGGAUUUUCUCUUUUGAGACUGAGGAGUAUGCAUCACUAAACCUGGUGGAUUUAUAGAAUGACAUCGACGGAAAAUCGCCUAGAACAAGUACCAAGUAAGCAGUCAUUCUGUGGAUCUCUGAGGAGAGAUGCUCACUGGAAAUGUAUGAUUCUGACGUUACUCAUAUAUGGAUGCUUGUCAGCGAUUAUCUGGUGUCGACUCGCUGUCAUCACAACCAUAACUGUUAGUUACUAUGGACAUCGGAUGGCAAACACACAGGUGACCAGUUCUAAACCUUGUGAGGAUGGAUACAUCUAUAUUCCUAUCGCUUUUGUUAUUAUGCUAUACCUCGUGUAUCUUGUGGAAUGUUGGCAUUGUCACACAAGAUUAGAAUUAAAACAUAAAACUGAUGUUCAAGCAGUUUAUGAAAAAAUUCAACAAAUGCAGGAAUCUAUUCCUAUUAUAUGGUGGAAAGCACUUUGUUAUCAUUAUAUAAGAAAGACGCGUCACGUGACUAGAUACAGAAAUGGUGAUUCUUUCACUAGUACCCAAGUAUACUAUGAACGCGUCAAUUCCCACACGGCAGGAUCAGCAUUCAAUUUCACACACUGCGGAAUUAAGGACGUGUCCGCUUCGCUCACCGGUUUGGAGAAUUUUCCCGCUACAAAAAUUAGAUUCACAAAAGGAUAUUCAUUCUUGUGUUCCGAAGCAGAAUACGAAUUUGAUGAACAACGAAAUAGAUUUUACAGAGAUAAUGAAAGAAGGGACGACUAUAUAGAGACAAGAGAAGGACUCGAUUUACUUAAUGUGAAUUUCAAGCAGUACAUGAUUGCUUUCAGAGAUCCCGAUAAUCUCCCUUGGUAUGUGUCACAUGUGAUCUUUUGGAUUGCUUCCUUUCUUCUGCUGUCUUGGCCUUUGAGAGUAAUCAUUGAAUAUAAAACUGCCUAUGUUCAUUACCAUGUUCAUAAAGUUUUUGGCACAAAUUAUUUGGAAAAUGACACCGAAUCUACGCCUAUAACGCGCGUCAAUACUCUGGGGAGCUCAGAUCUAGAAGUUUUAAUACAGAACAAUGAUAUCGCCCCAAGUUAUUCCGAGGCCUUAUUAAUGUCAUCUGGCAGGACAAUAGGGAUUCCGGAUGCAAAUGGAAAUGUAACAAGAACGAAGUAUGGUGCAACCAGAAGUGAGACUUUUUCUGCGCUUUCUUCCGUUGGCAAUGACAAGGAUUCUCUUAGGAGAAUCCAGUCUGGAACUGCCCUUAACUUCCCACCAUGCAAUAGCUUUUGUAUCAUAAAUGGCGGCAUUGUGUUCGAAAAUUACAGUAUGCAAAAUGACAGUUAUGCAACUUCUCGACGGUCAGAAACGCGGAGAGCAUUUGUAUUUUCAAGACAAAAUGAUUUAAAUUCCUGCCCCAAUUCACCCACAAAUUCUUUAGUAUACUUAAAUCCUAGUUGUGGCACUGCCAGACUGGUACGACCAGAUUCUUCAGUGACAAGGUCUCACAAUCGUGAAACACUUCUGUAUCAUGAUCAUUUCGUAGCUCAUGCGUCAGCUCCCGUAAGGCAUUAUCGUUGCUCUGAUAAUGUCAACACACGCGAUUUAAUCCCAUGUGAUCCGCCUCCUGAUUAUCAUCAAGCACUUGCAAUGCAAUCACCAAGAAGGGACCCAAAAGGACAGACCAUACUCCCAUUGCCUAGAACAAGAAUUGUUUUGGAGGAAAACACUCGUUUACAAUCAGUGCCAAAUCGUAGAAAUUAUCAUACCAUGAUGGAAACAUCUUUAUGA